AACCAAUAAAAGGCCGGCCCUCUAAACCUAAACCUAAACCUAAACCUAAUCACAACAAUCGUAAAACCUAAAACAAUCGUAACUUCGCUUUCUUCUCUGUAGGGUUAUUUUCUCUCAACUCUCCAGGGAAAUAAGCCGGCGCUGUAUCAACUUCCAAAUGGCCAGUUCUAGCAAAGCUAAUUCACCGGGUAAGCGAAAGCCGGAAGAUGAUUUGGACACUGAACCGGUUCUGAGGAGACAUAAGUCUGAUGAGUCAGCUUUAAACUCAGCCAAGGAGACAAAUAUUGAUCCAGAUUUUGUUGAGGUCGAGUUGCUGGAGACAAAGUCUGAUGAGUCAGCUUUAAACUCACCCAAGGAAGCUGCAGGAGGACCUAAUAAGAAGCUCUUUCUUGACAAACUCUCUAGCCAAACUGAAAUAUCAGAUGUCAUCGAUUUCUUCAAAGAUGUUGGACAAGUUGUUGGUGUUCGACUUAUGCUGAACCACAAGCGCGGCCAACGUGUGGGCAGGCGUGUGGAAAGUCGUCUGGGUUGUGGCUUUGUUGAAUUUGCUUCUUCUGACGAAGCAAAGAAGGCGCUUAAAAUGAAGAGCGGUGAAUAUUGGAGCCGUAACAGGGUUUUUCUUGAAGUGCCAGAAGCUACAUUCCUUCCACCCAAGUAUUGCAUAGAUCACAAUGUGUGGUACGAAGACUACCUUCAAAGGGAAGGCCUUCUGAUAGAAGAAUUUGCCGCAGUGGAAGGACUUGAUGAAACUCCAGAUUCUUCUGCUGAGGAACCUGCCAUACCAAAAAAGACGCUCUUUGUGGGCCGUUUCUCUCCCCAAACUAAACCAAGAGAUAUCAUCGAUUUCUUCAAAGAUGCUGGAGGAGUUUCUUAUGUUCGACUUAUAGGAGACCACACGGGCAAGCAUGUGGGCUAUGGCUUUGUUGAUUUUUCUUCUGUGAAUGAUGCAAAUAAGGCGCUGCAACAGAAGAAUGGUGAAUAUUUGCAUGACUGUAAAAUUUUUCUUGAACUGGCUAAAAAUGGAGCGACGUACCUUCCACCCAAGUAUUGCCUAGAUUACAAGGUUUGGUUCGAAGACAGCGUUCCGGUUGAAGGACUUGAUGCAACUCCCGAUUUUUCCGAGGCAACUUCUGUACCAAAGAAGACUCUCUUUAUUUCCCAUCUCUCAGUCUCACACCAGAAAACUAUGAUAUCAGCUAUCAUCGAUUUCUUCAAAGAUGCUGCGGAAGUUGUUCGGGUUCGACUUAUCCUAGACCAGCGUGGUGAGCAUGCGGGCUGUGGCUUUGUUGAGUUUGCUUCUUCUAACGAAGCAAAUAAGGCGCUGCAACAAAAGAACGGUGAAUAUUUGCACAACCGCAGCAUUUUUCUUGAUGUGGCGAAUAAUGAAUUUGCAGAGAACCUUCCACCCAAGCAUUGCAUAGAUCACACGGUUUGGUACAAUGACGACUUACUUCAAAGUGAAAGUUUUAUGAUAGAAGAAGAUAACACACCUCCGGACAAUGAAGACUUACUUCAAAAUGAAAUUUUUAUGAUAGAAGAAGAUAAGACACCUCCGGAUUUUGCUGAGAACGUACUCCUUGUUGCCAACCUCUCUCCACAAACAACUAAAAUAUGGCAUAUCAUCAAGUUCUUCAAAAAUGUUGGAGAAGUUGUUAGUGUUAGACUUAUUGUUAACCGCGAGUGUAAGCAUGUGGGCUAUGGCUUUAUUGAGUUUGCUUCUCCUUAUGAAGCACAGGAGGCGCUGAAAAUGAUGAAUGGUGCAUAUAUGGACGAUCAUAAGAUCAUGUUGAUGAAAGGACUUGAUCAAACUCCCGAUUUUGUUGAGGCAGUUGCCACCUCAAGAAGUAAGACGCUCUAUGUUGCCAAUCUCCUUCGCGAAAAAACUGAAAUAUCACAUAUCAUCGAUUUCUUCAAAGAUGUUGGAGAAGUUGUUCAUGUUCGACUUAUUUGCAACCGCAUGGGCAAGCAUGUGGGCACUGGCUUUGUUGAGUUUGCUUCUGCUGAUGAAGCGAAGAAGGCGCUGGAAAAGAAAAACGGUGAACAUUUUCACCGUCGCAAGAUUUUUCUUGAUGUUUCUGAGAAGGCUCGAGGCCGACCCAAGUAUUGCAUUGAUCACAAGAUUUGGUACGAAGACUACCUUCGACAAGAAAGCCUUUUGAUAGGAGCUGACGAAACUCCUGAUUUUGCUGAGGAAAAUGCCGUUCAAAGAAAGACACUCUUUGUUGCCAAUCUUUCUCACGGCAGUAACAAAUUGCUGAUUUCAAAGAUUUACAAAAUCUUCAAAAAUGUUGUAGAAGUUGUUCGUGUUCGACUUAUUGUAGACCACUGUGGUGAGCAUGUGGGCUGUGGGUUUGUUGAGUUUGCUUCUGCUGAUGAAGCACAGAAGGCGCUACGUCACUGGAAAAGAUCUAAGCUUAUUUUCUACGAGGCUGAAAUAGCUGCUACGUACCCUUUCCGACACAAGUACAACCUUGCAGAAAAGCUUUGGUACGAAGACAAGCUUCGACGAGAAUAUUUGAAGACCGCCCCGAAUCUGAUGAUGGAUGUGAAUAAGUAUAUGCAAUUUUAGUUUUUGUUAUCAAGAGUCUGAUAAAAGUGUUACUUUGGCAAUUUGAAUGAGUAAAAAACAGAGAUAGAGUUUUGUUAAUGGGACUAUGGAAAUCUAAGUAAAACAAUGUUGGUUCACUGGAUAAUGUUUUCGUCCUUCAUUAUAUAAUCUUAUUUAGGUUUUUCUUGUCAACAACAUAUAUAUUUUUUUUGAAUUAUACACCGAUAUCUUGAUUU